AUGUUAAUGCCUGUGCAAGACCGUAAGCCUUCGGAAUUGCUGGACCCCUAUUACUUCAGCGUCCACGGCCAAUAUCCGGCCAAGUCGGUCAGUUUAUCCGAACGAUUAAAGAGCUGGGUGAACUUUAGCUCGGAUGGCCCAGGAAAGGCAACUACCCAAGCCAUAGUUAGCAACUGCUCUAACUACGGCUUUAUCCGCGUUCCCACAAGCUACCACGUGACUGCGUAUCUGGAGAAUAUUGAAACCGAAUUUGGAAUUACCGACAUCGAUAUCUCAUGCAAUUAUAGUGUGAUCAAGCCGCUUGCGGGUAUCGCACAAAUUAUUUAUGGAUCCUUCGAGUUGUAUCAAGCACGAGGAGAUCAGAUAUCCCGCUUCGGAUAUGCGGCAUACUAG